AGUGUAUUUCCAUCUCUUCAUCUUUUCAUUCCCCUCCCUGAUUACAGAUCCCCAUAUGUCCAUGGCUUGAUGCUUGGAUAGACGGAUCCAGUGUUGCAGAUGUUCUUGCUAUGCAUGAAAUUAAUUAGCCACCCACUGACCAUUAUCGCAUGCUGUGUUUCACCUCGUUCGUCUGGUCUUUGUAUUAGAUGAUCAAUGUCACCUGAUGAGAAACCAUCCUGUCAAGUUUUGAGUGAAGGAUCAACACAGCUCGUAUAAACCAUUCUGUAGCUUUCCAGCUUGGUAAAGGCAGGCAUCCUCUUUUUUUCAAAAGGGAUACAGAGAGCUGAUCAGAUGAAAGAACUUUCUCCCAGUCAUGACAAGUUAUAUGUUCAUUAUUAAGGUCGUGUCUGUAGACUAAACCAAUCAGUACUUAAUCAGGCAAAAUGGGGCGUACCAUGCUUCGCCUGCUGGAUCGCCAGGCACCAAGUAUCCUUCGUAGCCUCUUCUACAUCAUCCUGGUCUGUAUCUUAGUCCUGGCGGUGGACGUCAUGCUUCUACAGUACAGCAAGAAUAGCCGCUCCACCAAUCUCUUCGGGUACGGCGAUCUGGGCAUGCCGCCGCGCCGUUCCAGGCCACUAGAUUCGGAUGAGCUUGAGGAAGACUUUAGGUCUAGGAGACGACCCAUGAGACAUAAGGUCAAAGCAGACCAGGGUGGACCUCUUCCAUCUUUAGCUGUACCUAUCAAUAGAGAUUACUUUGAGUCUUCAAACAUAACAUGCCGGAAAGGGUAUUCUAGAAGGAAAUUGCAAGAGCUUUAUGGAGAUCGAUUUGAUGCAGAAAUACCUCUUUUUGUAGAUUCUGGUUUUCUUGAUAGGCCCAAUGCAGUGAAUCUACCAAUGCCCUUUGGCUUCAGAGAUGCAGAAAGGGCAAUACUGAAUAUCUUGAAACAUAUGCCAAAAACUGAAGUACCAGAUGACAUACCUCAAGAUUCAUGUCUUCGUUGUGUAGUACAAGGGAACGGAGGCAUCGCCACCAGAACCAGAAUUGGGGCAGUUAUUAAUAACUUUGAUAUAGUCUUCAGGUUAAAUUCUGCUCCGACCAUUGGUCAUGAGCGUGAUGUUGGACGGAAAACUACCUUCAGGAUGGCCUACCCGGAGAGUGCGUUCAGACGUCCAGAACAGUACGAUCCUGGCUGGACGUUUGUUGUUAUGAUGUUCAAACCACUUGACCUUGUCUGGCUAGAAACAAUCAUAAGAGGACGCAAGAUGAAUAGCGGGGAUGGAUUCUGGAAGAAGAUACCCCUUAGUGUUCCCAAGCCAACCAAAGACUUCCGCAUCUUUAAUCCAGAGAUUCUCCUCGAUACAGCCAAGAUGAUGGGGUUCAAGAUUGAUGAAGGCAAAGCAAAUAAGAACAUCCCAACGAGUGGGAUGCUGGCGAUAAUGAUGGCCGUGCGGCUCUGCGACGAGGUUGCCGUAGCAGGGUUCGGCUAUGACCCCAACAAGCCCGGAGCCCCGCUUCACUAUUAUGACUCUCUCCCCAUGAGGGAGAUCUGGAGAUCAUGGACCCAUGAUAUCCACCACGAAAGGGGCAUACUCAGGUUAUUCAAGCAACAGGGGAUCAUCUUAGAUUUGAGUGGGGGUAUCAGGUAACACUACACCCAAAUGAUCCAAUGUGGUGUAACAGAGAGAAGGGGAUUAUGUUAGAUUUUGAGUGACAGAAUUCUUCAACACUACACCUGUUGUGUUGUUACAGAUCUUCUUGGGAAUUACCUUAGAUUUGCAUAACAGAAUCUGUUAACAUCAUACCCAGAUGAUGCGAUGUGGCUUUCCUGAGAGAAAGACUGGAAUGACCUUCCACUUUCAUCUGUCUGUGUGAUAAGCAUACUCAACAUGGAGUAAUCAGACCAUGAGUAAUUAUGGAACGACCCUUUAAAAUGACAACAGACAUUUUGCUUUGGGAGAAUUCGCUGAUCUUUUGUGGCUACCAGUUGUCUGCUACUUCUAUUAGGUCUUUGAAAAUUGAUGUGCCAAAUUUUUAUUUUUAACCUAUUGUCACCAGGUUGACAAACUUCUUUGGGGAAAAAUCACUUCUUUGACAUUUGUUCAUGGAUCAAGGAAGGCUAUGUCCUCACGAUACAUGUAGCUCUUUAUCUUGAGAAACAGAACCACUUUUCCAUGUCAAAGGGUAGACUUUUCCAUUGGAAAAAGUAAUAUUUUGUUAUCAAGUUUUUCACUCUCUUGAACAUUUGUGACCUCCAUCCCCCAAAAUGUUAAAAUUUGAAAAUUAGCGUAUCUGAAAGAUAAAUUCUUCUUCAUACUGUCAAAUUUUUAAUUUAUAAAGUUGAAUAAAAGAGGGAUACCAGAGUUGUUUUUUUUUACAUGAUAUUUUCUGAACUUAGUGGAAGUUUCACAGAGAUAGCAGUGUGCACAUCUCAUGCUUGAAUGACCACUGAAAUUCAAACCUUGUUUUCUCCAUAUCCUUUUAAUUUCUAACCAAUUUAAGCUAUUUUUACUUUGAUUUUCAGCUUCAAGCCUUUAGUUUUGCUAAAUCCCACCAAAAGUGCAUGCCAUUCUUCUAAUUAAUUACUCAAUUAUAUUGGUGCACAUGCCCCAGAAUGGUUAUGGUGUGAACCAUAUUAACUAAAAUUUGUUUAUUGGAUAAAUUGACCCAUUUUACAUCAAAAUGUAAUUCAAUGGUGUGCUGAUCAAAAGCUUUCCAAUAUUGAUUGCCUAAAUCAGUAAAUCAAAGUGAUUUUUUUAUUGAAAAUACGUUCAGUCGUUCAGUGACUGUUUCACUUUUGUGUAAUGGAAAUGUUAGAUGAUACAUGAGUCUAAUUCACAUUACUGACCUUUUAAUACCAAAGCUUUAGACAGUCUUUAAUUUUAGCUUAUUUCAGCUUUCCUUCGUACAAAACUAUGGGAGCUUUAUAUUUCAACUUUUUCAAUAUUCCCCAGCUUUACACAGCUCUUUUUAUUUGUGAUUACAUACACAUCCCUGAACAAAUAAACUUGAGCAAUGAAUUAAAAAAAUAAGAAUUAGCUGAAACUUUUCAGAAACACACACACAUUUGUGCUACAAUCACAGAGAUGAAACUGACUCCAGCCUGACAAAAGCUAAUGUGUUGUUACCAAUGGCAUAACAUUGCUUGUUUUCGUUUCCAGGCAUUUUCGUUCGUGUGAACGCAGCAUUAUGUAUGUGAAUAUUAGUACGAACAGGUACAUUUUAACAUAUCAUGGAAAUAUUUUAAGGUUGAAGUGACUUUGUACAAAUGUAACCAAUGAAAAAAAUACAUCACUGUACAUGUAUAUAUACAUGUCUGUUCUUUUCUCAGCCAUUAGUUAUAGAAUGUAUUAGUGGAAUGGCUAUUUAAUUUUAACAAAAUAAGAGAUACGUUUCAAAGUUUGCAUAUUUCUAUUGUGGUUGAGGUAGAUAGAGCUCUUGGCCAGGAAUGAGCAACCUCAAAUGAAAUCUGCUUUCAUAUAUUUAUGUAUGUAUGAUGUAACAAAAUGCGAUUUGUAUGUUUUGUAUUCAAGAUGUUCCCUUUCACAGUUGCAAGAUGAUGGUACUUUCGAAACAAAACAAAACUGCCAAAAUUCAUCAAUAUCAUUUUUUUUCUUUUAGAGAUUUAAUAUAAAGGUCAAAAUAGGCCUGUUUUGAGAAGUUGUAUGUUGGCUAAUUCCUUUGACUCACGUACAUGCAUAGUAUUGAUUUGGUGAUACAUAAACUUCAAGCAUAUAUGACAUUAUUAUCAUCCUAUAAAUAGAGGAUGUCUUUCUUUGAUAAAAGGAGAAGCAAGUAACAACAUUUAAGAGAACACCUCAUAGUCUUUACUAGUAAAUACAUGAAAUAUUAAGUCACCAAGCUGCCAAUUUUUAUUCACAGAGUCUUGGUAAUUUAUUUUUCAAACAGACAAAAUUGUCUCAUUUCAUGUCCGAUUUCUGUCAAAAGUUCACCAUUAUGUUUUUUCUGAUUUUCUCCUUUUACACAAAUCAAUUUAUUACCAAAGAUGGAUAACCCUGUAACUGUUCAUAUAAUUCAUCAUUACACCGAUUAAUUUUUUUCUAUCUUGUAUUAGAAGGGCAGUCUUUCUAGCAAACUUUGCCAUAUUAUGCUCUUCCAAUUACGUACUGAACAAUGAACUUUCCAAUCUUCAUGAACAAGUGAAUAUGAGCAUUGUUAUACACUGAAUGAAAUAUAAUUGAAUGAAAAAAAGCAUUUUCGAUAUAUUUUCUGCUAGUCAUGAAAUAUAAAGUUAGCUGGUAGAAUAGAUUAUUUUUUUUAAUGCACUGUAAUAACCUUUUUGUUGAAAGCCAAAGAACUAUCUGUAUAUUUGCCAAGAAUAUUGCAAUGAUGUUAUCAGUGGAUGUAAAUAGUAUUAUAUUGUGAGUAUUCUUCCUGUAUAUUAUGCAAAUGUUAUUGUGUGUCUGUUUUUUUUUUUUCGUUUAAAGCAGUAUUUAAAUAUGCUUAUCACCCAAUUCUUAGUAUAGUCCUCAAACAGAUGCAGCAGUGUUUGGUAUACAAAUCAAGAGAUGAUUUCAAGUUCAGUCUUGGUUUGGUGUUGGAAACACAAUUGAGGUUGUCUUCUCUGGGUCCAAAACCUAACGUGAGCUCUAAUACAAGAAAUGAUAAAGAUCACAUUGAUAGCUCAUCACUUAUUGAGAUGGUCUCAAAUCCAACUUUACUUUAAAUUUGGUGCUUAGCUGAUGUAGAAAUUGACACAAACCAACACCAAGAGGUAAACACUAAGUUAAAAGAUGAAUGAAAGUAGUUGCAGCAAACACCGAUUUAAUUAGAAAGUCUAUAAAACCAAGGUUAAGUGUCACUUUAUCAUUCUAGAUCUAGAUCUGGUACAGUCGCAUUAACCAAACUUUGUGAAAAUCAUGAAAUCUACGCUGAAAAACAAUCACUAUGAAGAUCACCAACACAUUAUUAGUGAUUAGAAAAACAGACCUGGCAAAUUGCCUGAAUGUCCUUUUUAUUUCUCGGCAAUUACAAUGUUUCUUGGGGAAUCCUUUGGCACUUUUUUUGUUUUGUUUUAUUCAUACAUACAGACAUGUGGGUGAUCUUUUGAUUGGAUUCUGUACGAACUCAUUUUGAAAUCGUUGCAACUGGCAUUUAUCUUUGAAAUUACUCUGAAAAUCAGGCCAGCAUGUCUCACUAAUAAGUCACUUUCUGGGGAGUGCAUAUUCUGUUUUAUAGUUUUUUGUGUGUUGAAAAAGAUUUUUGUCUCAAAAUAAUUUUAGAAAUGAUUAUGAUGAUAAGAAUACUGGACUUAAGUUUAAGUUGUAUGAUACAAGCCCAAUUAAGAUGUCCUCCGAUUUACUGUACAUAUAACUAGAGCUGCAUUUGAAAAACCAAAUUAAGGGAGGAGUUAUUAUGAUAAUCGUAUUCAUCUACAAGUACAAUACAAACUGCCAAAUAAGCCCUUUUAUGGACAUUUAGUUUAGUAAUCAGUAGUUAUUGAUUUAGUGCAAUACAAUUGCAAUUAUAUCUUUUCUCUCGCCAAGCAACACAUGAAAUUGAGUCAUAUUUGUUUUAUAAUAAAUUAAUGAAAUACACGUUUCCAAA